AUGGUAGUCAUGGAGCGGAAGAUUGUGACUGCGGUUCUGCUCUGGUUGAUCCUGGUGUUUCGUCCGUUGACGAGGAUCUAUGCUAAUAUGGAAGGUGAUGCUUUGCAUAGCCUAAAGACAAAUUUAGAAGAUCCUAAUAAUGUGCUACAGAGUUGGGAUCCCACCCUUGUCAAUCCUUGCACGUGGUUUCAUGUCACAUGCAACAAUGAUAACAGUGUCAUAAGAGUUGAUCUUGGAAAUGCUUUAUUAUCCGGUGAACUUGUCUCACAACUUGGUCAGCUUAAAAAUUUGCAGUACUUGGAACUAUACAGUAAUAACAUAAGUGGACCAAUCCCUAGCGAACUUGGUAAUUUAACAAGCUUGGUGAGCUUGGAUCUUUACUUGAACAAUUUCAGUGGUCCCAUUCCAGACUCAUUGGGGAAGCUGACAAAGCUACGUUUCCUCCGGCUUAACAACAACAGCUUGUCGGGUCAGAUUCCAAUGUCCUUGACCAAUGUCUCAGCACUGCAAGUUCUGGAUCUUUCCAACAACCAUUUAGAAGGACCUGUUCCAGAUAAUGGCUCAUUUUCUCUGUUCACUCCUAUCAGUUUUGCUAAUAAUAAAAAUUUAUGUGGCCCGGUUACUGGUCAUCCUUGUCCAGGAUCUCCCCCAUUUUCCCCACCUCCACCAUUUGUGCCACAACCACCUGUUAAUUCUCCAGGAGGAAAUAGUGCCACUGGAGCAAUUGCUGGAGGAGUGGCUGCUGCUGCUGCUUUACUCUUUGCUGCUCCUGCUAUUGGGUUUGCAUGGUGGCGUAGAAGGAAACCACAAGAACAUUUCUUUGAUGUGCCUGCUGAGGAGGAUCCAGAAGUUCAUCUUGGUCAGCUAAAAAGGUUUUCACUACGGGAACUACAGGUUGCUACUGAUAGCUUUAGCAACAAAAACAUUCUGGGUAGAGGUGGAUUUGGUAAGGUGUACAAGGGACGCCUUGCAGAUGGUUCUUUAGUUGCAGUGAAACGUCUAAAAGAAGAGCGUACACCCGGGGGAGAACUGCAGUUUCAGACAGAAGUCGAGAUGAUUAGUAUGGCUGUUCAUCGGAACCUUCUUAGACUACGUGGCUUUUGCAUGACACCAACUGAACGCUUGCUUGUCUAUCCCUACAUGGCUAAUGGAAGUGUUGCAUCAUGUUUAAGAGAACGUCCACCAUCAGAGCCACCACUUGAUUGGCCAACACGGAAGCGAAUUGCUUUGGGAUCUGCAAGAGGACUUUCGUAUUUGCAUGAUCAUUGUGACCCCAAGAUCAUCCAUCGUGAUGUCAAAGCAGCAAAUAUAUUGCUAGAUGAGGAAUUUGAGGCAGUUGUUGGAGAUUUUGGGUUGGCCAAGCUUAUGGAUUACAAGGAUACCCAUGUUACCACUGCUGUCCGUGGCACGAUUGGACACAUAGCACCUGAGUACCUAUCCACAGGGAAGUCAUCAGAGAAAACUGAUGUUUUUGGAUAUGGAAUUAUGCUUCUAGAGCUUAUUACUGGACAAAGGGCAUUUGAUCUUGCUCGGCUUGCAAAUGAUGAUGAUGUCAUGUUGCUGGAUUGGGUAAAAGGACUUCUGAAAGAGAAGAAAUUAGAAAUGCUGGUUGAUCCUGAUCUGCAGAAUAACUAUGUAGAAGCUGAAGUGGAGCAGCUGAUCCAGGUAGCGUUGCUUUGUACGCAAGGCUCCCCAAUGGACCGUCCCAAGAUGUCAGAGGUGGUGAGAAUGCUUGAAGGCGAUGGCUUGGCAGAGAGGUGGGAAGAGUGGCAAAAAGUGGAGGUGGUUCGACAGGAGGUUGAGGUUGGACCCCCUAGGAACUCCGAAUGGUUUGUUGAUUCCACUGACAACCUCCAUGCUGUUGAAUUGUCAGGUCCAAGAUGACCUUGUCAGGGCCAAAGUAAAGAGGAAAUUAUUUACUCCCUUUUUUUACAUAUUUUUUCUUCACUUUUUUAUCAUCUUGUUAGUCUUUUGUAAGCCCAUCCUGUAUCCAAAAGUGAAAUUCAUCACGUCUGUGCAUAUGAAUCAUUCUGGGGCCAUUUGUAUCAUCUGCUGCAGCCUUUUCUCCAUGAUGAAUUGAUGUAAUUUUUAAACGAUGCUAUGUGGCAGUUUGAACUUUCAGGUGCCGGGUCAAACUCGGCCAAAGAAGCACCUCUCGUGUCAUGUUAUGCAGUUCAAUUGGUUUUUUGUUAUUAACAGAAUUACAGAAGUACAGAACUGCCUCGUAGGCACAUAGUAAGGAUUGUAACAUGACUAACAAAUUGCUCUCUGGAAACAUUCCAUGGAUUGUAAGGUUU